GGAAGAGAGACAGAGGUUAAUAACAGAUAUGAUUCAAUGCAGAGAGGUCUGUUAAUACAUAGCAAAAAGGAAAGUUUCCACCGUGGACGUAUCCAAGCAGGAUUAAAUAAGUAGGUUGGCAGCUAAUAUGAGAGCAUUGUGAGCAUUGCCAGUUAUGUUUACACAAGUGUUGUGCUACCUGACUGAUGGCUAAAACUUACCUGACAAAACUUCCUGCUUACCUCCAGCUACAUCAAGAAAAGCACCAAUUUGUAUCAUAGAAAUCAGAGGAUUCACACACCCAGUAUCGUCUCGUCCUCAUUUCUGUCCUCUGUGCCUGGUUGGAUGCCUCGUUCGUCCCGUCCACACGGGUACUUAUUCUAGUGUGUUGUUUGUGUGAAACACCGAUAAACUGCCACGGCCUGGCAGAAGCCACUGGAAACAAUGAAGUACAGUGUCGUCAUAACACGAGUGUAAAACCAUCAGGAGUCGUUGAGGUAGCAUGUAGGUGAAGAUGUCUUUCCUGCUUGGACAGAUUUAAAGCCUCCAAGUGAACUUUCUAAAGUCUAUUCACCCAAGAUAGUUGGAAGCUGCUCAGCUGCAGAUACCUUGCAAGACAAACACUGACAGAAAUGUGAUCAUACAUAUUUCUUUUACCUGAAACAUGUUGCCCAAGUGGAAACAAAGGUUAUUCAGAUAAAAACAAAGAAAUAAAACAACACUCUAUUAAUCACGUUUCUUGCUUUUUUCCAGCAGCUGUCCCUUACCGAGCAGCAGCGUCCCUGUGGAGAAUACAUCAUCUCCUGCUUCUGUGUUAGUGCGACCUGAGUGUGGUGGCUGGAAAGCACUUAGCUUGUACUAGCUCUCACUCUGCUCUGAGCAUAGUUAUGAGAGAGCAGUGUGUGGUUUGUGUUGGAGGACUGAUGGAUGUGGUUUUCCUCUGCAGGGAACACUGGAGGCGAGGCCAUUAAUAUGCGCUUGUGUUCAAAUGCACAUGUGUGCGUAUGUGAGAGGCUCGCGCUGGAAACCUACCCUGCUCUGUUUUACGCAGGGCCCUUCAGGACUGAAGGCAUCAAGGCCUCUGACGUUCUUCCUAUUUUAAAGGAAAAAGUUGCCUUUGUGUCAGGUGGACGAGAUAAACGAGGAGGACCAAUUCUGACAUUUCCUGCCAGGAGCAACCAUGACCGAAUAAAACCCGAGGACCUGAGGAGGCUAGUAACCUACCUGUCUACUGUCCCCAGCGAGGACGUAUGCAAACGUGGCUUCACUGUCAUCAUUGACAUGCGAGGUUCAAAGUGGGAGCUGAUUAAGCCUCUGCUCAAGACGCUGCAGGAGUCUUUCCCAGCUGAGAUCUGUGUGGCUCUCAUCAUUAAGCCCGACAACUUUUGGCAGAAACAGAAGACGAACUUCGGGAGUGCAAAGUUCUCUUUUGAGACCAACAUGGUGUCAGUUGAAGGUCUUGCCAAGCUAGUGGAUCCCUCCCAGCUCACAGACGACUUUGAAGGCUCGCUGGACUACAACCACGAGGAGUGGAUGGAUCUCAGGGUGUCAUUGGAGGAGUUCAUGUCCAAUGCUGUUCAUCUGCUGUCCAGACUGGAGGAUCUGCAGGAGCUCCUGUCCAAGAAGGACUUUCCUGCAGAUGUGGAAGGCUCUCGGCGACUGAUAGAGGAACACACCCAGCUUAAGAAAAAGGUGCUAAAGGCUCCAGUGGAGGAAUUAGACCAGGAAGGCCAGAGGCUGCUCCAGUGUAUCAGAUCGAGUGAUGGCUUUUCAGGGAGAAACUGCAUCUCAGGCUCAGCUGACUUUCAGAGCCUUGUGCCCAAGGUGGCCAGUCUGCUGGAUAAGCUGCAUUCCACCAGGCAACAUCUCCAUCAGAUGUGGCAUGUCAGGAAACUGAAGCUGGACCAGUGCUUCCAGCUGCGCCUCUUUGAACAGGAUGCAGAAAAAAUGUUUGACUGGAUCAGCCACAAUAAGGAAUUGUUCCUGCAGAGCCACACGGAGAUCGGCCGAGGUUACCAGCACGCUGUGGAGCUACAGACUCAACACAAUCACUUUGCCAUGAACUCCAUGAAUGCCUACGUAAACAUCAACAGAAUCAUGUCGGUGGCGAGUCGUCUGGUGGAGGCCGGCCACUACGCCUCCACUCAGAUUAAACAGAUCUCAGGACAGCUGGAUCAGGACUGGAAAAGCUUUGCUGCUGCACUUGACGAACGCUCCACCAUCCUGGCCAUGUCAUCUGUCUUUCACCAGAAGGCUGAGCAGUUUCUGUCUGAGGUGGAGACCUGGUGUAAAGUCUGCAGCGAGGGCGGGUUACCAUCUGAGAUGCAGGAGUUGGAGAUUGCCAUUCACCGUCACCAGAGCCUUUAUGAGCAAGUGACCCAGGCGUACACUGAGGUGAGUCAGGAUGGUAAAGCCCUGCUGGAUGUCCUCCAGAGACCUCUCAGUCCAGGCAACUCGGAAUCUCUUACAGCCACUGCAAAUUACUCCAAAGCGGUGCACUGCAUCUUGGACGUGGUUCAUGAGGUUCUUCACCAUCAGCGGCGUCUGGAGAACAUUUGGCAACAUCGAAAGGUCCGAUUGCACCAGAGACUGCAGCUCUGUGUAUUCCAGCAAGAUGUCCAACAGGUGAUGGACUGGAUAGAAAACCAUGGCGAGGCUUUCCUCAGCAAACACACGGGCGUUGGGAAAUCCCUCCACAGAGCCCGAGCCCUGCAGAAGAGACACGACGACUUCGAAGAUGUAGCUCAGAACACUUACACCAACGCAGACAAGCUGCUGGAGGCAGCCGAGCAGCUUGCACAGACAGGAGAGUGUGACCCGGAGGAAAUCUACAAGGCAGCUAGACACCUGGAAGUGCGAAUCCAGGACUUUGUCCGCCGGGUGGAACACAGGAAGCUGCUGCUUGACAUGUCUGUCUCCUUCCACACACACACUAAGGAGCUGUGGUCGUGGAUGGAGGAGCUGCAGAAGCAGCUGCUGGACGAUGUGUGCUGCGAUUCUGUUGACUCAGUUCAGACUCUGAUCCAGCAGUUCCAGCAGCAGCAAACAGCCACACUGGAGGCAACGCUCAAUGUGAUUAAAGAGGGAGAGGAACUAAUGCAGCAGCUGAGGGAUGCAGCCAUGUCCACCAAUAAGACGCCACACUGCAGUUCCAUUGCGCACAUACAGGGUGUGCUGCAGCAGCUGGAUGAAGCCCAGGGCCAGAUGGAGGAGCUGUUCCAUGAACGCAAAAUCAAGCUGGACAUCUUUCUGCAGCUUCGCAUCUUUGAGCAGUACACUAUAGAGGUCACGGCAGAACUAGACGCUUGGAACGAGGAUCUGUCUCGUCAGCUGAAUGACACCAGCCGCUCGGGCGCUAGCAGCGGCAGCAGCAGCGGGGGAGGCGGUGCCUCGUCCGCCGGCUCAGAGGAUAUCGGUCUGGCAGAACAGCGGCUGAAGCGGCACGCAGAGAGGAAAGCAGCCAUGAACAACAUGACCUAUGAGGUGAUGCAGCAGGGUCAAGAUCUGCACCAGUACAUCAUGGAGGUCCAGGCUUCAGGAAUCGAGCUGACGGGAGAGAAGGACUUGGACUUGGCCUCUCAGGUUCAGGAGCUGCUGGAGUUCCUGCAUGAGAAGCAGCAGGAGGUGGAGGUCAACGUGCAGCACACGCACACGCGGCUGGAGCAGACUCUUCAGCUGCGCCACCUGCAGGGAGAAGUUAAACAGGUGUUGGGUUGGAUACGUAACGGAGAGUCCAUGCUGAACGCCAGCAUGGUCAACGCCAGCUCGCUGUCUGAGGCCGAGCAGCUUCAGAGGGAGCAUGAGCAGUUCCAGAUGGCUAUAGAGUCUCUAUUCCACGCUAACUCUCUUCAGAAGACACAUCAGAGUGCUCUGCAGGUCCAACAAAAAGCUGAGAUGAUGCUACAGGCGAGUCAUUAUGAUCCAGAGGCAAUUCGAAGCUGUGCUGAGAAGGUUGCCGUGCACUGGCAGCAACUGAUGCUGAAGAUGGAGGACCGUCUGAAGCUGGUCAAUGCAUCCGUAGCCUUCUACAAGACAUCUGAACAGGUGUGCAGUGUGUUGGAGAGCCUGGAGCAGGAGUACCGCCGCGAUGAAGACUGGUGCGGCACACACGACAAAGUGGGAAGUUCAUCCGACAGCGACCACCUCCUGCCUCUGAUCAGUAAGCACCUGGAGCAGAAAGAAGCCUUCCUCAAGGCGUGCACUCUGGCCCGGAGGAAUGCAGAGGUGUUUCUGAAGUACAUUCACAGGAACAAUGUGAGCAUGCCUGGAGCUGCCGGUCACACCAGGGGACCUGAGCAACAGGUUAAAGCUAUUCUGAACGAGCUGCUGCAGAGAGAGAACAGAGUCCUUCACUUCUGGACAUUAAAGAAACGACGGCUGGACCAGUGUCAGCAGUAUCUGGUGUUUGAACGCAGCGCCAAACAGGCACUGGAUUGGAUCCAGGAGACAGGUGAGGUUUACCUGGCCACGCACACGUCACCCGGUGACAGCAGCGAGGAAACACAGCAGCUUCUCAAUGACUACCAUCACUUCAGACUUUGUGCCAAACAAACCAAGGAGAAGGUGAAGCUGCUGAUCCAGCUGGCAGACAGUCUGGUGGAGAAGGGGCAUGCCCACGUGCUGGAGCUGAAGCGCUGGGUGAGCACGGUGGACCGCAGGUACCGUGACUUCUCUGCACGGAUGGGCAAAUACCAGGAGAGCCUGGAGAGGAGCCUGGGAAUGAGCUCUGAGGACAACAAAGACCUGGAACUGGACACCAUCCCUGCCAGCCUGACAGAUGACCCGGAGGUCAAACUGCGUGACCCCAACCAUGAGGUCAACGAGGAGAAGAGGAAGUCUGCCAGGAAGAAAGAGUUCAUCAUGGCAGAGCUCUUGCAGACAGAGAAGACCUACGUCAGAGACCUUCAGGAGUGUUUAGAGACGUACCUGUUGGAGAUGACCAACGGUGUAGAGGAGAUCCCACCUGGCAUUGCUAACAAAGAGCACAUCAUAUUUGGUAACAUGCAGGAGAUAUAUGACUUCCACAGCAAUAUUUUCCUAAAGGAGCUGGUAAACUAUGAGCAGCUUCCAGAGGACGUGGGUCACUGCUUUGUCACCUGGGCUGAUAAGUUCCACAUAUAUGUGGAUUACUGCAAGAACAAACCAGACUCCAGCCAGCUGAUCCUGGAGCACGCAGGCACCUUCUUUGAUGAGAUUCAGCAGAGACGAGGACUGGCUAACUCAAUCUCCUCCUACCUCAUCAAACCGGUCCAGAGGAUCACCAAGUACCAACUACUGCUAAAGGAGUUAUUGUCCUGCUGCGAGGAGGGAAAGGGAGAGAUCAAAGACGGUUUGGAGGUGAUGCUCAGCGUUCCUAAGAGAGCAAACGACGCCAUGCAUCUCGCCAUGUUAGAGGGCUUUGAGGAGAACCUGGAGGUGCAGGGUGAGCUGAUCCUGCAGGACAGUUUUCAGGUUUGGGAUCCACGCUCGCUCAUCAGGAAGGGUAGGGACCGGCACCUCUUCCUGUUUGAGUUCUCUUUGGUCUUUAGCAAAGAGAUCAAAGACUCAGCUGGCAGAACCAAGUACCAGUACAAGAACAGACUACUGACGUCAGAGUUGGGGGUGACUGAGCACAUUGAGGGUGACCCUUGUAAAUUUGCUGUGUGGGCUGGAAGAACCCCAUCCUCUGAUAAUAAAACUGUGCUGAAAGCAUCCAGUAUGGAAGCUAAACAAGACUGGAUUAAGAACAUCAGGGAGGUGAUCCAAGAGAGGAUGACUCACCUGAAGGGGGCGCUUAAGGAGCCGCUUCACCUGCCUAAAACACCAGCACUGACCAAACCCAGGAAUAAUGCUAAAAGGGAGGGAGGUGAAGACGGAGACAGUCAGGGAGACGGCAGCAGCCAACCAGACACCAUCUCAAUUGCAUCCAGGACAUCCCAGAACACUGUAGACAGCGACAAGCUCUCCGGUGGAUGUGAGCUGACUGUCGUUCUCCAGGACUUUGCAGCAGGAUGCGGCACAGAGAUGUCUGUCAGCACAGGUCAGACAGUGGAGCUGUUGGAGCGGCCCAGUGAGCGGCCCGGAUGGUGUCUAGUCCGAACCACUGACCGCAGCCCACCGCAGGAGGGACUGGUUCCCACGUCUGUCCUCUGUGUUUCCCACUCACGUUCUAGUGUGGAGAUGGACUGUUUCUUCAGUUCAGGGAAAGAAAACUACACUGUUGGCGGCUCGGAUGGCAAGACCGAAUCGGUGGCCAACCUUCAGCCGCAGCCGUCCCUCAGCUCCCUGCAGUCCAGCUCUCCUGGUCCCAAACGCUCUGGGAACACUCUGAGGAAGUGGCUGACCAGUCCGGUCCGCCGCCUCAGUGGCAGCUCUGUUAAGAAACUUCCUAAUCACAAACAGAAGAAGCCAGGGCCAGGAACAGGAAAAGAGGAAAUCAGGAAGAGCAUCGACCUGGGUCAGCCUGACCUUACCCUGCAGGAUGAUGUCACUGGUGAGAGAGUCAUCAGCAGAGAUGGCAACAUCCUGUCUAAGACGUCUGGGAUGCAGAGUGGUGGAGAGGAGGAGCAGGAUGAAGACGCCCACACCCCUCUGCCUCCCCGUAUGAAGAUCAUCAACGACCCAUCAGAUCCUGAUGACAAGUCUUCGUCCUUGCUCACCUCUCUGCAGUCUUCCUCUGAGGUGCCCAGUGCUGCAGAGCUAGUUAGCGCCAUAGAGAAACUGGUUAAAACCAAGAUGAGUCUAGAACCAGGAGUGUACCCGGGGUUUACCCCCCUCUGUCCGCCUGAACAAACCACUCCUGUUCAGCCACGCAACCCUGAACAGGAGCAGAGAGCAAAAGCUAUGAGAGGACGGAUGUUUGUUCUGAACGAGCUGAUUCAGACAGAGAAGGACUAUGUCAAAGACCUGGGCAUCGUGGUGGAGGGGUUCAUGAAGAGGAUCGAGGAGAAGGGCGUCCCAGACGACAUGAAAGGAAAAGACAAAAUCGUGUUUGGGAACAUCCACCAGAUUUAUGACUGGCACAGAGAUUUCUUUGUAGGAGAACUGGAGAAAUGCCUGGAUGACCAUGAACACCUCCCUGAGCUCUUCAUUAAACACGAGAGAAGGCUCCACAUGUAUGUUGUUUAUUGUCAGAAUAAGCCCAAGUCAGAGUUCAUCGUGGCAGAAUACGACACGUAUUUCGAUGGAAUCCAACAAGAUAUCCAGUCCAGGUUGUCCAUCAGUGACUUCCUCAUCAAACCAAUCCAGAGAAUCACCAAAUACCAGCUUUUACUGAAGGAUUUCCUGAAGUACAGCUCAAAGGCAGGAAUGGACUGUGAACAAAUUGAGAAAGCAGUAGAUUUGAUGUCUCAGGUCCCGAAACUGUGUAAUGACAUGAUGAAUUUGGGUCGGCUGCAGGGAUUUGAGGGGAAACUGACCAGUCAGGGCAAACUGCUGCAGCAGGAAACCUUUUUUGUUACGGUGCAAGACGCCGGCGUCCUGUCCCGCUCGAAGGAACGACGAGUCUUCUUGUUCGAGCAAAUCGUGAUCUUCAGUGAGCUGCUGAGAAAAGGCUCGUCCACACCUGGCUACCAGUUCAAAAAGAGCAUCAAGGUAUCCUACUUGGGUCUGGAGGACAGUGUGGAUAAUGAUCCCUGUAAGUUUGUGUUGCUGAGUCGCGGAUCAUCGGAGCGUUUCACCCUGCAGGCAGCCAAUGUUGACAUUAAGCAGGUCUGGGUCCAACACAUUCAGGAACUCCUGGAUGCUCAAAGCAACUUCCUGUCUGCUCUGCAGUCACCCAUCGUCUACCACAAUCAGCAGAGUGGAGGAGGCAACAGCUCAUCGCUGACCAGAAACCGCUCGUCCUCAGGGAAUCAAACUACCGCGUCCUCUCACAGCCGACCCUCGUCAGUGGUCGGCCUCUGCAGUACGGAGAAGGGGAAGAGCCAAGUCAAAGUCUCCACUUCUAAUGGAGGUUCAUCGUGUUUUGACUCCAUGGACAACAACGACAUCACUUCCACCAUGCUGGUCACUCAGGACUACUCGGCGCUCAAAGAGAAUGAGAUCUGUGUCAGUCAAGGAGAGACCGUUCAGGUCAUGGCCACCAAUCAGCAGAACAUGUACCUCGUUUACCGGCCAGCCAACAGCCAGUCGCCUGCCGCGGAGGGCUGGGUGCCAGGACACGUCUUAGGCCCGCUCACAAAGCCCAUUAAAGACUCUUCUUCUACUUGCUCCUUCUCAGCAGCCGUAACAGAUGCCAACAACAUCAAGAAGUCUCUGUCGUGGAACACACUGCGUGCCAGGAAGCGCGCUGAAGACAAGGAUGCCUUCUCAGUAGGGGUCAAAGGUCAGGAGAAUGGCCUUCUCCGUAAGCCCAAAGAAAUCGCUCCUCCUACCCCGUUCGCCUCGUCCGACCCUGUGGUGAAAGGCAAAGUGAGUAAAGCAGGCCGACGGUGCGCACUGGUGAUGUUAUGUGUGUGCCAAAACCCCUCACCUCCACCGCCCCACUCGGUUUAUGUUCUUUGUCCUAACCUCAGUAUGUGUGCGUGUGUGCAGACACCUGUAGACACACACAGGUGGAUGUGUCUCAGUGGGACUCCAGGAGUGGUUCUCAACCUGCAUGACGCAUGAAUUCAGACUGAUCGGUUUCAUUUCUUGGAUCACGUCUGUCCUACGGGACCAUGAUUUCUCUAUUAAAAACCCUUACUGGCUGCAGCUGAUGGCGUUACAGAGUAGCACAAUUACUGCCAUCGACAAAAUCUCAAGCAUUGCAUUGUGGGAGAGACUGACUGGGAUAUUUUGUGGAAUCUUUGGAACAAAUGAUUGACUCAGAAUUCAGUCAAAAGACCAGGAGUGACAUACUGUUAAAGAUUUUCUUGGAGUGGUAACUGGAUAUGCAGGAAGCCAAACAUACAUCACAGGUAAACUGUCAGUCAUUUGCAGUAUUGAAGAGUUAUAAAGAGCUCUAAAUAUCUAUAUAGUUAUAUAUAUUAUAUAUAGAGCUUUAUCAUAUUCUGCUCUGCACAUUAGCAUGUUCAUUUAUGCUACAUUACCCAGUAUUAGCUUCUAAUAGUUGCUUUAAUUCAAGGAUUUUUCCCCCAAAUUUUGUAUUAACUGUUGAGGAAUGGCAGCAGGUGUUACACAUAAUCAUCCAUUCAGAGGCUCAAAACUCAUUGUUUGAACUGCCAGCAGUUUCAUGGCCUUUUGAGGUCUGCAGCCUCUUUAUUUUGUAACAAAUGAAACUUGAGCUUUUCACUGUGAAAGAGGAAGUUAUCAUUAGGCUGAAAAACUAGACAUUUUAAAUAUAAUAUAGACAAAGUAUUCAGAAUGAGCUCAAACAUGUGUAGCAGUAAUGUUAAUCUUUUAAACACUGAUGUGUUGUAAGGUGUUUGUUUCCUAAAGGAAUGGUUUGAAAAAUACUUCCACGACUUAUUUUUUCAGCUAAUAAUAAAUAUUUUUCUGGUUAUAUAUUUAUUUCUUUAACAAUAAACGUAAUGAUAUUUCACAAAUCUCCUGUCAGGAAGGAGUGCAGAAAGGUAAGACUGCCCAUGUGGAGUACAGAUCCAGUUUAUCUUGCUAACAAGCGGAGGACGAUGUCUUUGCUUGUGUGUGUGGCUCGUUUCCAUCUGCACUCCACUGCCCAGAGCAGUGUGUCCACCUCCGUACUCGACCGUGGAGAUGUUGUUACUUGGUUCAUAUUAAGGAUUUCUCUUCAUUGAAAAUUCUGAGUUGUAGGGGAUCAAUUACUUAUUUCAGUCAGUUACAGAUCAAUUUAUGACUUUUAUGUGUUUUUCUGGAAUUUUGGUUGAUAUUCUCUCUCCAUUAAAAUGAAACUACCAUUUAAAUUAGAAACCAUCCGUUUCUUUGGGAGCAAUCUUGCAAAGAAAUUCAGCAUCAUUAUUUUCCCCUUUGUAAUAUCUACUUAGACCUUGUUGAAGUCAGUUGGCUAAAUCCAAAAAGAGCAGUGAAUUUUAGCUGGUCACAGCCUUUAUACAAAAUAUACUUGUGCUCACAUUAGAAAUUAGUCUGACUUAUUUGUUUUCCGCACAUGCAACCACUACAGCUGCUCUUACAGUCUCUAUGCCUAUCAAAUCCCACUAUAACCCAUAUGCACUAUACUGCCAGAAGUAUUCACUCACUCAUCCAAAUCAUGAAUUCCAGGUGUUCCAAUCACUGCCAUGGCUACAGGUGUAUGAAAUCAAGCACCUAGGAAUGUAGACUUUGUAAAAGAAUGAUCCGCUCUGUAAGUUUCAGUGUGCUACAGUGAUAGGACACCACCUGUGCAAGAAGUCCAGUCGUGAAAUGCUGAGGCACAUAGUGUGCCAAGGUCACCACCUUUGGGAAGAUGAGGAAUAGCUCAUGAUUUGAAGUAUAUCACAUCCUCUGCCAUGGUACGGGCAAUCUUAUGGCAUGGACAAGUGAAACCAGGUUACCACUGUUAAAUAAUGAUGUGCUUGCUCAUUGAAGUGGCAUGAUGAAAUCUGAAGUGUACAGGGCAAUACUCACACAGUGUGACUGACUCAAAGCAUACUGCAAAAGCAAACCAAGUUUCUAAUUGCACUGAAAUUACCUUUAAUCACCAACCCAACCAGAUGUUUUUCAUUUUACUGAAGGCGAAACUGAAGGCAGAGAAAUCCACAAUCAAACAGCAACUGCACUAAACACAUAGCAGAGCAUCUCAAGAGAGGAAACAGCAUUUGGUGAUGUCCAAAAACAAUUCUUAUAUGAUUCAUUUGGCAACUUAAUUUUAAGCUUCUAUUUUUUUAAUUCCUGGUUUUAGCACAAUUGGAUACGCCAUGUGACACUUUAUGUGUUGCAUUCAAUGCUCCUCAUUCAUUUUAAAAAGCUGAUCUCCAGUGAACAAUGAAAAAACUGCGUCUCCAAUCAGUGAACAGCUGCAGUUGAUCUUGUUGGCAGUGAUGUAGGCUGUGGCUGGAUAUAGACUUCAGCUGUGGUUCAGUGUGUGGUGCUGUGAAUACUGUAUGUCUAUGCAAGACUGUUGGAAGAUGCAGUGAUUUUAUGAAAGAAUUUUUCUUAUUAACAUAGUAUAAUCAAAACGGAGCUGUUGCAUGUAUAUGUAUUACAACCAUGCAACUUAUGCUGCAGCGAUAAGAAUAAUAGCACAGCCAAAGUCUUGAGUAACCAUCAGCCACAGGCUGCAGUCAUAAUCACAGAUGCAAUCUCUUUUUGAGAGAUUUAACAUAUCAGAUAUAAAUUGUCUUUUUGUACAUAUAUAUCUAGCAUUAUAAUAAUCUUAUGAAGACAGAUACUCUAGGAUCCAUCCAUCGAUCAUCUUCCGCUUAUCUGAAGCUGGGUCAUGGAGGCAGCAGCCUAAGCGGAGAAGCCCAGGACUCCUCCUCCCCAUCCACCUCCUCUAGCUUGUCCAGGGGAACACCAAGGCCUUUCCAGGCCAGCCGAGAGAUAUAAUCUCUCCAGCGUGUC